UAUGGCACACUAUCAUCUGGACCCCACAUCCCUUCCCUCCUCUGCCCCUAUAAUUCCAUACCUCCUCUCUCCUGCAUCUUCUUCUUCUUCUUCUUCGUCCUUCUCCCCACUACCAUUAUAUCUUAUUUCUAUUUUUCUAUCAGAAUACUUCAUAGGACGAAGGGGGAAGGAUGAGCGCCAAAACGCCUGCCACCAGGACACGUGUUGGAAAAUAUGAGUUAGGUAGGACUCUCGGUGAAGGUUCUUUUGCUAAGGUUAAAUUCGCCAAAAAUACACAGAACGGCGAUUUCGUUGCCAUCAAAAUCAUUGAUCGCGAUAAAGUAUUCCGGCACAGAAUGGUCGAACAGAUUAAAAGAGAAAUAUCAACGAUGAAGCUGAUCAAACAUCCAAAUGUCAUUAAAAUCAUUGAGGUUUUGGCAAGCAAAACAAAGAUCUAUAUUGUUCUUGAAUUUGUUGAUGGAGGUGAACUGUUUGAUAAAAUCGCUAAGCAUGGAAAACUUAAAGAGGAGGAAGCCAGGAGAUAUUUCCAGCAGCUCAUUGAUGCUGUAGAUUACUGCCACAGUAGAGGCGUGUACCAUAGGGAUUUAAAGCCUGAGAACCUUCUUUUGGACAAAUUUGGUGUUCUAAAAGUUUCAGAUUUUGGAUUGAGUGCAUUGUCACAGCAAGUUCGGGAGGAUGGACUGCUUCACACUGCCUGUGGGACACCAAAUUAUGUUGCUCCUGAGGUGCUUACCGAUAAAGGUUAUGAUGGCAUAUCAUCUGAUAUUUGGUCUUGUGGAGUCAUUCUCUUUGUACUUACGGCCGGAUACUUGCCAUUUGACGAGCAAAAUCUUAUGGCCCUGUACAGAAAAAUUUUAAAAGCUGAUUUCACCUAUCCACCAUGGUUCUCAUCUGGUGCUAAGAAAUUGAUAAGCAGAAUUCUUGAUCCAAAUCCUCUUACAAGGAUAACUAUUCCUGAAAUCUUACAAGAUGAAUGGUUCAGGAAAGGGUAUCAACCACCCCAUUUUGAGGCAGAAGAGGAUGUAAAUCUUGAUGAUGUAGAUGCUGUUUUCAGUGAUUCUAAGGAAUGCCUAGUAACAGAAAGGAAAGAGAAACCUGUAUCAAUGAAUGCUUUUGAGCUUAUCUCCAGAUCACGGGAAUUCAGCCUUGAAAAUUUGUUUGAGAAGCAGACGGGGCUCGUGAAGCGAGAAACCCGUUUUACUUCUCAACGGCCAGCACAUGAAAUCAUGUCUAAAAUUGAGGAAGCUGCAAAGCCACUAGGAUUUAAUGUUUGCAAACAUAACUAUAAGAUGAAGUUGAAAGGUGAUAAAACUGGGAGGAAGGGCCAGCUUUCAGUUGCUACAGAGGUGUUCGAAGUUGCUCCCUCCUUGCACAUGGUAGAGCUUAGGAAAACUGGUGGUGACACAUUAGAGUUUCAUAAGUUCUACAAAAAUUUUUCAUGUGGGUUAAAAGAUGUAGUCUGGAAAGCUGAAGAGGUACCUGAAGAGCCAAGUUCAUAAGAUGAACGAUGGCAUUGUCCCCUCUUCUGGAAUUCUUUUUAUAAAUCUACUUGUCUAGGUUCUGGCACUGUGAAUACAGAAAUUUGAGAAAUAGUAAAAUUUAUAUAAUGUAGAAACAAUGGAGGAAGGAAGUUGUAUGACCUACAAUGCCCACGAAGGUGGGCCGGAAUGUGGUUGUUUAUUAGCCCAAAAUUUCUUCCAUAUCUCUCGAAUUAAAUACUGAGAGUUUUAGAUUACUGACAUGAAUUGAAGACGUCUUCCCUACUUCUGUAA